AUGUUUGGGGACUUGUUUGAGGAGGAUUUUUCCUUUAUUUCCAACAAUCAUUGUGGAAAAGGGAAGAAAUCAAAGCCCAGAGAUUUCGAACCUCCAGCUCCCAGGGAUUUCACCAACCUAAGUGGUAUCAAAAACCAGGGUGGGACCUGCUACCUCAAUUCCCUUCUGCAGACCCUGCUUUUCACGCCUGAAUUCCGAGAAGCACUGUUCUCUCUAGGACCUGAAGAACUUGGGACUCUGGAUGAUAGCAGUAAACCAGAUGCAAAGGUUCGAAUAAUUCCAUUACAACUUCAACGGUUAUUUGCUCAGCUUUUGCUCUUGGACCAGCAGGCUGCAUCUACAACAGACCUUACUGAGAGCUUUGGGUGGAGCAGUCAUGAGGAGAUGAGGCAGCACGAUGUGCAGGAAUUGAAUCGGAUCCUCUUCAGUGCUUUGGAAACAUCCCUUGUGGGGACUUCAGGUCAUGAUCUUAUUAACCGGCUGUACCACGGGAUUGUGGUCAACCAGAUCGUGUGUAAAGAGUGCAAGAACAUCAGUGAGAGACAGGAAGAUUUCUUAGACCUGACUGUGGCCGUAAAAGGUGUUGCUGGCUUGGAGGAGGCCCUGUGGAACACAUACGUAGAAGAAGAGCACUUUGAAAAUGAGAACUUGUAUCGAUGUGGAGCCUGUGAUAAACUUGUUGAAGCUUCCAAGUCUGCUAAACUGCGCAAGCUGCCACCCUUCCUCACCAUCUCCCUCCUGAGGUUUAACUUUGACUUUGAGAAGUGUGAGCGAUACAAGGAGACGAGCUGCUACACGUUCCCCAGCCAGAUAAACCUGAGGCCUUUCUGUGAGCAGACUGAAAUGGAUGAUUCAGAGUACAUGUAUGAGCUCUUCUCUGUUAUUAUACAUAAAGGUGGCUGCUAUGGAGGACACUAUCAUGUUUAUGUGAGAGAUGUGGAUGAACUAGGAAACUGGCAGUUACAAGAAGAAGAGAAUAAGGUGAUUGAAGAAAAGGCUUCAAGAGAUACUGAAAAUGCCAAAGAAAUAGAAAAUCCAUUGGCAGUCUUUAAAGGGAUUUUGUCAGAGGAAGAAUCUAAACAACUUCCUGUGGAUCAAUUGGGGCAGAAAUUACUGGAGAAAAAAGGGGUGUCCUGGAAUAAGAAGUACCGGAAGCAGUACGGAGCGUUGCGAAAGUAUUUGCAGAAUCAUCCUCAGAUAUUUCAGUUCAGUCCUGAUGAAAACAAGGUUGGUCUGAAGGAAAAACACAAGCUCAUGUUGAAAUCAGAUUUUCAAGGCCAAGAUCUCCAAAGCCUUCCUCAGAAGAAUGAUGUCCAGUGGGAUUCAGAAAAAACCCCUCCAAGGCUAAAGGACAGUUCUGCAGGUUGUCAUUGGUUUGAUCUGAAUGAUUCCAAAGUUCAGCCGAUCAAGGAAAAGGAUAUUGAGAAACAAUUUGAGGGGAAAGAGAGUGCCUACAUGCUGUUUUAUCGCAAAUCUCAGUUAAAAAGACCACCUGAAGCUCGAGGAAAUCCGAGGUACAAAAUACCCACCCACCUUCUGAAUGAAAUGAAUGCUGCUAAUACUGAGCUGCAAAAGAAGAGAGCGGAAUGUGACUCUGCCAACAACGGCAUCGAUUUACAUCUCCACUUGAGCUCGUGUUAUACAUUUCACAACGGUGCUUUGCACCCUGCACUUACUUGGAAAGAGAGUGUUGUGGAUUUGACUAUUGACAGAAGGAAAACACUAGGAGAUCUCCGGCAAUCAGUAUUCCAGAUGUUGGAAUCUUGGGAAGGAGACAUGAUUCUCAGUAUUGCCAAGCCUUUACCAGCAGGACUGCACCUUUACCAGAUACUAAAUGGAGAUGAGCUGACAUUGGAUGGCAUUGGGCUGGCUGAUGGAGCAGAUGUCUUUGUGUGGAAUGGGAAAGAGGUUGGUGGCACGAAGGUGAUGACCGGUCCUGAUCAUGAACCUGUGGUCAUUAACGUUCUUCGUUUAGCGGAGUACAAUGAGGGAGGGAAGGGUCAGCACUUCACAGAGUCACAGCACGUCUUUUCCUGCAGCACAAAACUGGGUGAGCUGCACAGAGCCUUAGCACCAUCGGGAGGAAUAAUUCUAAAGAACCUCUCGGGACCAGAGAAAGAAGCUAAAAACUGGGAAGUCCUUCUGGAGGAAGACAUGAACAAAACAGUGAGAAGUGUUGGUCUGACAGAUGGAUGCUCAGUACUCAUCUUAGACAGCCAUGACCAGAGCUUCGUGAACGUGUCAAGUGGCAAUUUGACUGCUUUUACGUAUGACAUCAGCUGGCUCCAAGUGAAAAACUUCUGCAGAACAGGAGAUGAAGAGAAACACGUUAAAAUUACUGCCACUAUAGAAACGGUGAUGGCAGAUAUAAAAAUGAAAGCUAUACAGGAGCUUCAGCUCGAGGAGGAGCUGGCAAAUGCCAGCUGUCUGCGACCUGUCAGUGGAAACGGGAAACUUCUGUCUCCAGUGCCUGAGGAUUAUACUGUCAAGGAAGCAGAACUGAAGAUGGGAAGCUUGCUUGGGCUGUGUCAUGGGAAAGCUCCAACUUCCACUCAGCUCUUUUUGUACUUCAUUGUUGGGAGCGACCAAACUGCAAGCCCUGAGAUGGAGAUAGUUGUGGAAGAGACCACCUCUGUCAAAGAGUGUCUAAAUUUAAUGCUGGAAAAAUCUGGAUUAUCAGGUGACAACUGGCACUUGAGAAGGAUUGACUGGUGCUACGAAGCAGGGGAAGCAUUGAGUCAGGAAAAUGCCACUCUGAAGGAACUUAAUGUUUGCAGAGGAGAUACUUUGGUUAUAACUGAAGGAAAGCUGCAACCAAAGGGCUUCCUGAAGAUACCCAUCUGGUGGAAGUCCUCAAGUCCUAAGAAGCACGGCGAGCCUGCACAAGACCAAGUGAAUGGGCUGACUUGCCAGAUGGAUGCUUUGCAGGUGUCUCCUGCAGGAGAUUCACCAGAACACAUCCACACAGACAUGGAUCUUUGCUAUGCUGGCAGUAUAGAAAUAACAGGAGAAGCUUCUUUGGAAGAUCUGAAGAUGCAGGCUCUGACCUUACCAUGCUGCCAGGAGCAGGUUGUCCCCCUGCCCUCGUUCCUCAGAGCAUGGACAGUGGACAGCAAGCGCCCAGGCAAGCUUUUACGAAGCAACAAGCAGCAACUGAAUGACUAUAGGCUGGGUGCCAGAGUGGAAAUCUGCAUAGAACCUUUGCAAAAAGAAGAGAAUUUGGGCCCACAUGAGCUGCUGCUUCGAGUCCAGAUGGGAAUACCAGGAGAGAGGGACUACUAUGACUCCACGGAUUUGGUGUGGGAUAUCUCCAAGGAAUGCACAGCCUGGGCACUGAGGCAGAGAGUGGCUGCUCACUAUUGUCUCCCUGUAGAGAAAAUUGAAAUAGCCAAAUACUUCCCUGAAAGAUUUGAGUGGCUGCCAAUAUCCAGCUGGACACAGCAAAUCUCAAAGAGGAAAAAGAAGAAAAAGCGGGAGAGUUUACAGGCAGCACCUUACCACCUGAAGGAUGGAGAUUUCAUUGGGGUGAAG